AUGCCAAGCUCGGCGCUCGAGCGAUUAGCGUUCGGGGGUGCUGAUGACAUCGAUUGGGGCGAUGUAGACGAAGUUGGCGCGCACCUGGGGACGCGUACGUCAGAACUUAGCCAUGAGAGUGCUGCAGUUGCGACGCGGCGGGACGCAGCACGACAGAGGCGCUCGGCGUCGACAAGCGCGUCGAACGGUCUGCCGUACGACGAGAGCGAUGUCUUGGUACUCAUUAGAAGUUUGCGUCGGUGGACAAUCGAAACGGGAACCGCAAGCGAGGAUAGUGGACAGGCGAAGACGGACGCGGAGUGGUUGCGUUCACUGACGACUGGAACAACGCUGUGUCGCGUCGCGGAGCGGAUCAGUGGACGCGCGAUCGCCGGGGUUUUCAUGCGCCCAAAAACGACGGGAACGAUGGAAGCGAAUGUACGUCGGGGGAUUGAACGCUUGCGGGAGAUGAGGGGUAUGUCGAGUAGGUUUUUGAUUCGCGAGCAGUGGACAGCGGAGGACGUCCUGGGCGCGUUGGAGGACGCGAGAGCACUCGUGGAUGGAUUACCUCCGAGGCCGAAAAAAGGGUGGGUGUCGACGAGGCCGUACGCUCCAGAUGUUGUUGGGUACGAAGCACCGUCUUUUGAGCGUCGAGAGAGGGAUACGUGCGAAAACAUCGAGGAACAGGCGCCGCGGAGGAAACCGUGGGAUGAGCGAGCGUACACACUGAGCGCUCGAUUGAAGACGACGAAGACGGUGGGUGCGGACACGGAGUCAUCACAGCUCAAAUCGUCCAAAGCGCGUCGACGUCACGCAUUUGCGUCGAGACAAACGAACGACGCACCGCCACCGUCGCCGCAGGAAGUGGAAGCGACCGCCUCAGCGGACCCUGCCGAGGCUCUCGAGCUCGCUCAAUGGUUCGCUCGCGUCGACUCGUGGCCCGAAGAAAUUCCUCACGAAUCCGUCGCCGUCGAACGUAUACUUGCGAGGAUGAAACUUGGAGUCAUUCUCUGUGAUGUUGUCGAGCGCUUCACCCGUCGUCGCCUUGCUGGCGUCAACCGCGAUCCCGUUCCGGACGGCGGCGCUGCUCAAAACAACAUUCGGUUAGCCCUGCGCGCGUUGCGCGAAGACCCGAACCUCGCUCGGGCAUCACCCGCGCUCCUGGAGUCCGAGCGUGAUAUCGCUCACGGUGAUUGCCUCGCAUGUUUCGAGAUCGCGCGGGCACUGAAGCGUCGUUUCGCGUCACAAUAG